UUUGUGGUAAUCAAUCGGUCUCGGUCAUUCGGAGUCGAGUCGAUCCGAACCCCGAACGCACGUGACGCAACUGAGGGUGUAUAUUCUAGCUGCUAGGCGCUAUACUUUGCAAUCCAUUGCAAUCUGGUGUGAUGCCAGCGCCUUGCGCUGUUCGCGGCUGCGUCAACAGCGGCGGUGGGCGACAUCCACCGAAAACUCGACGGCACAAGGUCCCGAAGAAAGAGCCCGCGCGAACCGCAUGGCUAAGAUUGAUAGGGCGAAGUGACGUCCUGCCGGACAUCGAAAUCACAGUCUGCAGCUUGCACUUUCGACCCGACGACUACGAACUGAACAUGUCACUCGCUGAAACCUCCGGAGUUGGGAAAUUCCUUGCAAGGCUGAAACCCGGAGUGACGCCGUCGUUGAACUUGCCGACAAGCGGUCAGCACGCAGCUCAGCAAGAAAACAAGGCACCCCAUUUUGGAAAUGAAGAGCACAGUUGUGUAUCUGGCGCAGUAUCCAGUUCCCCUGCGGUCACGUCUCCCCUUGACGAUUCAUCUGGAAAUGAAGAAAGAAGCCAUGCACCUGGCGCAGUAUCUUUUCCUGUGCUUGCGUCUCUCCCUCUGUACGGGACACCUCAAAGCGUUCUGCGGUGUGUGAACUGCAGAUGCUGCCAGCUCACGGGCGAAUCUCCUACUCAAGAAAAAGGCACGCAGUACUGUCCACCGAAGGAGUCAAAGUGGACCCAAACAACACUUGCACACACUUGAACAGCUGGCACACGAGUGGAUCGUAACGCUACGUCACUGAGGCAGUCUAAUGAAGUGGCAUCUACGUCUGCAGUCUAAUGGAGUGGAAUGAAGUAACCAAAUGGAGCUCGAAGCACUGCGACAUGGCCUGGAUGAACUGGAUUACUUCAAUGUUACCGUCCAGUCCCUAACAACCGAUCGACAUCCCAGUGUGCGAAAAUGCACGCGCACUUCACAUCCAGAAGUUAAACGUCAGUUCGACGUUUUUUUCAUGUCGCCAAAGGUAACUGCUGUAGAUCACAGCCCCAGAAGAGGCUGGCAAGUUCCACACUGGCAAAACACCUCCUGAAGGAUAUCUCAAACCUUUUCCCGGACGUGCAGACGUCAAGCCUUGAAGCAUUCCACGGCCUUCUCGUUAGGUUUGCUCCGAAGUCUGUUGGAUGUGGCACAAAAACCAUUGAGUGCAGGACGCAUCUCGCUGACCUGCAUUUCAUCAAGAGGGUUCAUGCCUUCACUAAUGAUGGGGAAUUGCGUUACUGGUUGAAGCACUGCCCAUCAAGGAGGAACCUACGUUCAGGAAGUAAACUGUGCACAAGCAAAAUACGCGAGCCUAUGUCACUCUCCAAGCAGGGCUGCAUUUUUGUGUUUUCAGAUUAUGUUCACAAGUUCCUAGGCGAAGUGGUAGAGCUGUGCAAUAGAUGGCCCAGAUUCGCUGAUGCAUGGGCCACAAAUACUCCUGACGAGCACUGCCAUGUCCGACAAACAGCCAUGUCCGACAAACAGCCAGCCCUCGAUAGAUAAAAGAGUGCUGAUAGAAGCCGGGCAACACUGUCUCGAACCAUGUCGUUGCAGUCAAUGCACAGAUGCACGUUUGUGAUACUUCCAUCCACGUAUCCUACACGGUGCAAUGCUUUUACUAUUCCUACUUUUAACGUUUUUCUUCGUACUCUGUCAAAGGCAUGCAAUGUGUACUACAGUAUCGUACGGUGACAGCAUGGAAGCUCGUCCAUAACUCAACAAGUAAUUCACGAGAAAGCCAAAGUGUACAUUUGGCUUUUUCGUGAAUUACUUCUUGACUUUUUUCCUGGAUGGAAAAAGUCAGCCUCAGCUCACCGUUAGUUCACUGCCCCAUUGUAGAGAAUUCUGUGAGUUGGGGCUGAAGUAGUAAGUAGUCAUUAACAGUGAUGGCCACUAACUACUUCUAGAGUAGUUUAAUUAUAACUGCUGACUACUUCGCAAUGGAGUAGUUUAACUAGUAGUUCGAACUACUUUUUAACUACUGCAAUGUAUUUUAACUACGUCUCUAACUACUUAACUUUGCCCAACAACAACAAUCCCACUCUAUAGUGUACUUGAACACCUAAAUAUGAAUCAUAAGCAGUAAUAAAAGAAGAUUUAGUACACAUGCACGGCACAAUUGCUCCGCACCUCCGUUCUCAUCAAACCAGUAGCUCAAGGUAAAAGUCGGAAGCACAAUCCUGCAGUAAAACUUGCGGCAAAAUCUGAAGUAGUUGGCGCCUGCAGUAACCUAACUACUGUAGUUAACUACUCGAAAUAGCAGUUUAACUAGUAGUUGCACACUACAUUUCUGGAAGUAGUUGGUUACUACUUUUUAACUACAAUCAGGUAGUUUAAAUAGUAGUUUAACUACAUGUAGUCGUUGUUUAUUGCUACUGUUAGUUAACUACUGGCCAUCACUGGUCAUUGAUAAAGUUUAAAGUAGAAAAAUAUAUAGUCUAUAAUCCAAAUAAUAAAACAAGAGAAAGGUCCAAUAAACAAACUAGAAAACUGUGUGUGAACUAAGUGGUACUUAUGAAGUCAACACGUCCGGGGGCAAUGACAUUGGAAGGCUGGCUAACAACACGUGGGGAUGUGGCACUGUUUGUGGAUUCGAAGACGAUACAAGGGAGAUCAUCUCUACAUUUGACAAGAAUUUUUGUGUUGCUGAAGUCAGGUGAACACUUAUUGCACAAAUCAAGAUGUGUUGUUCACUUCUAUUGUGUGUUCCUCAAACUCGAAGAAAUGUUACCUCUUUCUUUCUGCAUUGUUUGUUGUUGGUAAAUGCAGCAAGACUUGCCUCUUGAUGGCCAUCGAUGAAUAUUUUUGCCUUUUAUGGUGCAACUGAUGAAGCGGUCGACAAAGGCAGAAUGCAGCAGAUGUGACAGCUAACAAGCCAGCGAAACAGCAGAGAGCUACCACCAACGAGACAGCUAAUAUACGCGCGCUCACGCCGCAGCGCGCAGAACAAAAGAAAAAAAUGGGAGG